GGGUCAAACCCUCUUAUGUAUUACGUCACUCACCCAACAGUCUUUCCGGUCUUGCCGCCAUCGCAGACAGUAGGUAUGCAUUGAUUGUUGACAACUUUCUUCUAAAAUCGACAAGUAAUCUCCGCCAUCCUUUGACUUUAGUGGAGAAAAUGACCGGCUUAGUGAUCUCCUGACCCAACUACACAUUUGUGUUCGAUAUUGUGACAUUUGGUCAAAUAAAUUACACAGUCAAGCUCCCCUAAGUAGCACCUAUUUGGUCGUAGGCUCAGAUACGCUGCGAGAAAAGUCUUUCCUCAACCAGCUCCAAUUGCUUAUUUUGGCCCCAACCACGAACCCAGUUCGUAUUCCGUAUAGUUAAAAGUUAACAAAGCUGUAGACUGGCACAAAUAUUAGUCACCAUAGCCAUCGGAAAGUGACCGGAGGAUGCAAAGAUAUCGUACUCGCAACCAUCAGCAUCAUGGAGUCCUUCGUUGGUGUUGACACUACAUGUUAAAUACGAUGGUGUUUAAUUUGUAUUAGAGGGAUUAUGCGGGCUGUAGUGUAGUGGUGGUACACAUCUUGAAGGAAUUGUUUCCUACUUACUCCCCCUGCUGUCAAACAAACAAGCUGACGAUAAGUAAUGAUCUGAAGAGGAUGUAUGUGAUUUAAAAUUUACUUAAUGCAACCAAAAAGUCAAGGAAAAAAGGUCCUUAAGUUUUGUUGUUUGGUUUGCUUCCAUGGUAAUGAUGAUCUUUGCCAACAUUCAGGUGAAAUAAACAAUGAACUAGUAGCAGCAGCAGCACCUGUUUAAGGUCUACAACCUGAACUUUAAUGUUGAUAUUUCAUACCAACUAAAGCACAUACAGUUUUGCAGUUGGUGCAUUAUCUAGGUUUGACAGAAAGUGUCAUGACUCAAAGUAUUGUAGUCUAAGUUCAUCUUCCUUUAGCUCCUCCUGAGUGGUCCUCCUGCUCUUUGUCUUAACAGAUAUUUGAAACAAAGCGUCUCAUUUCUGUUAAUGUGUUUUGCAUGCUCACUUCUCUUUGUGUUCCUCCGCAGACAUGGCGAUUCGCUACCCUAUGGCUGUUGGCCUGAGUAAAGGCCACCCAGUCACCAAAAAUGUAACUGCUCCCAAACACAGCCGCAGGCGUGGGGUAAGUAAAUUCUGUUAUUGGAUUUGACUAAUGGUUGGUGUGGAUAUUACAUUUACUGAUAGCUCAUCUGAGUUUUUAAUUAGAAGCUCCAAAAAUGUCUACCAGAGAAAAUCCUGACUGUAUGCAACUGUAUCCAAAAGUUCAAUAAAAGUGUUUUAGGGUGGAAAAGAAGCGUAGUUGUCCGUCAACUGAUGGAUUCCAAAAUCUACUAGCCAAUCAGUCAUGACAGCGAUGUGUGUGAUCGGAUACAGCCCAUUACAAUUACCAAGGUUUGCAGUGUUCCAGCAGAAGGCUAUUGUCAAGAAAAGUAUUUUAAGUGUUAAAGAAAAUAUCGACAUGCUCUUUUCUCUGGUUACAAACAGAAAAUAUAAUUGUUUGGGGCCGUCUGAUUGAGGUUGGUUAGUGACUUUAUUUCAGCCAUGCUCACAGGCCUGGAGACUGAUGGCUGCAGCUUAACCCUGAACAAGAGUGAAGAUGUAUGUAAAAGGAGAGUUGUCGUAGUUACAAAGGCUGCUGCCGGAAACCUGCAUUUUGUGAUCGUGAUUACGAGUGCAUGUUGGCGUGUAGUGUGUGCCCCCUCUUGAAACAAGCCUGUGAUGCAAUGAUCAACUCAUGUUGUAGGUUGACAGCAGAUAGAUUUUUUAAGUCCCCUCUCUGUAUGAUGCGCUGCUGUUGUCGGCUGACUUCAAACUUGAAGAGGAGUGAGAGCAGAAGUUCACUUGAUGACCAAGGCACUGUGCUCUGUCACUAUAAACAUUAGCAUCAUCUUUGACAUGAGGAGGCAGAGCUUAGUAUAUAAAGUCUACAUAUGAUGUCCGUCACAAAUCUCUUAAGUUCUACCUCCAUUCACAUGUCACGGCGACUAGCAGGAUGAGUAAAUCCAACCGACACAGUAAAAGAAUACAUGCAUGUGGCGGGCGCUUAUUUUCAACCCUGAUGCUUUUUAAUCUCGUAGUGAAGCAGUGACAAAAAAUAAACCUUGGGGGCAAAGUCUUGACAUGUUUGAACACCAGGUUUUAUUUUAAAGGACCUAAAAGUUCCUCGCUCUUUUAUCUUUGCGUUUUCACUUGUAAGUGAAAACAAAUAUCAAUGAUCCAAAUAGAAAUGUGCAGUGAUCUGUAAGUGUACAGAAUAAGGUUGUCGAAAUGUUUCUAUGCGCAUUAAACCAAUGGUUCUCAAGUCCAGUCCUUGAGGUCCACUGUCCUGCAUGUUUUGGAUGUUUCCCUGCUCCAACACACCUGAUUCAAAUGAUCAGCUCGUUAUCAAGCUCUGUAAUGGCUUAAUAACGAGCUGAUCAUUUGAAUCAGGUGUGUUGGAGCAGGGAAACAUCCAAAACAUGCAGGACAGUGGACCUCAAGGACUGGACUUGGGAACCACUGCCUUAAACGAUAGUGUCCCUUUUUUAACAUUUGAUUGUAUUGAAAAGCACUAAAGCUUGUGUUUUAAGUAUCACAUGUUACAUUCAUGUUAAAUGGGGACAGUGGGCAGUAGAGAGACAAUUAUAUCGCCUGGGUUUCACAGGUUUUAAGUUAGACCCAACCUGCAGACUACUGCACAGUGAUCAAAAGGACUACAUUAGCAUGAAAAAUAGGAUCUAUUAUACAGAGUGCUCAAUCUGCAAAAGCACACGUCACAUUUAACCUUUGGGUUAUAAAUAAUUAAGAGAAAAUAUUUUAUUUUGGUUCCUUUCUGUUGGGAAAAUCCUUGUUUUGCUAUUGUCAGUGUGUUUGGUGUUGGUCUGUGCUCGCUGACUUUGAGUUUCAACAGAUUGUGCAGGCGAUUUUUCUCCCUGUUUUGGUUGCUAUGGAAUCAAAGCAGGUUUUCAGAAUCAAAUUCUUGUAUUGUUUUCCUGCUAUCCUGUCAACUCACACACAGAAUUUUGUAUGAAUGUGAGUGAAAGCACAAUCCAGUUUUAUCUCAUUACUCUUGCUUGCAUGUCACUAGUCUUUUUUUUUUACUCUUCCAACUGAUUGGUUAAAAAAUGAAAGCAGACAACAUCACAAAUAAGCACCUGUAGACUAAAUAAGUCAGCAGCAGACCAACACAUAACAGCACUCUGCGAUACUCUCAGCCAACUCUGAACAGGCAAAUAGAAUGGAAAGUCAGUGCUACAAUUGGGACCUAAUGCUACAGUAAAGAGGUUAAAUGAUGUUCUCCUAAAUAAUGCUGAAGAGUUUGAGAUUCUCACAUCUUUAAAAUGUAGUGUAAAGUUUCUCGAAGCUUUGUCUUAACGAAGCCUAUCUUUUCUCCGCAGCGUCUAACCAAACACAGCAAGUUUGUCCGGGACAUGAUCCGUGAAGUGUGCGGUUUUGCUCCAUACGAGAGGCGAGCCAUGGAGCUGCUCAAAGUGUCCAAGGACAAGAGAGCCCUGAAAUUUAUCAAGAAAAGGGUGAGUGCAUUUUUCUAUCGUGCAAAUGCAGCUUUAUAAAUUUGCACUGGAGUUAUUUUUGAUGUAUCUUUUAGAGCUCAACUCAUGAGCCUGUGCAGUUAGUUUGAAAGAAAUGCAUUAACAAUAGGCCAAACUGCUGCAUACUUGGAAGAGAAAUGUCUCAUUACUUAAUACGGAAGUGAUUGAGUGUAAGUGUUUGUUUUUCCACAGAUUGGUACCCACAUUAGGGCCAAGAGAAAGAGAGAGGAGCUGAGCAACGUCCUGGCUGCCAUGAGGAAGGCUGCUGCCAAGAAGGACUAAUCUGUCACUUAAUAAAAGUUGGAUAAACUACAAAAACCUUCAAAAAUCCUCUUUUUCUUUUUUCUCCUGCUUUGCAGUCAGUUGACUUGUUUCUCAUUUUGCUGGAUGUUGAAUUUGAUGAUAGUGACACAUUUUUAAAAGAUGGGGCGAGGCAGGGUUGAGCUUAUCACUUGGCUCUAUCUCUUUUUCUUUGAAAUCACUAAGUAUUACCGGACUGAGAAAUCGCUAUAUUUUUGAAAGUGGAGCGUUUUAACACUCCUGUGUUAUACAGCAAUUCAGCCAAUCAACUGUUUGUAGUUUAUUAGUAUGCCAAAAAUUCCCAUUGGCAAUAAGGUGGGGCUGUAGGGUGAACAGCUCAGCAUCCACACUUAUUGUGGGUUAAUUUAACUUGUAACAUGUUCAGAAUUGGGUCUUUUCUUACUGAAAUCAGCCUGGCCAUCUUUUAUAGGUGUUUAACUGUAAGUGAGCUAUUCCGAACACAGCCAUCCAAAUUUAUUUUGUGACCUACUCUGUGUUGUUUGAGAGUGUGCCAUAUAAGAAAAAAAUGUUCAUUUUAGAGUGAUAUCAGUCAGCCAACUGGAAAAUAUUUAAAAGUUGUCAGCUGCAGCAAGCAAACAAAGAUAUUUUGAAUUUUAUAUACCACUGAGUUGGGGAAAUAGGGUUAGCUUAUUCCAUCGUAAUUAAAAUCCAAUAUUUUACUGUCCAAGUAUGAGCUGUUUGCAGCUUAAACAGACUAAAUAUUCAGCAUGUCCAGGAGCGCCCUCCAGUGGUUAUCAUAUAUAGUCUCUGGAAGGAGCUGCCUGCUUAUUAGUCUGGUGUCUGCAAUAUACUGUGUGCGUUAAGUUAUGAACAGUGCUGGGUGUUAAAGCAGAAUUUGUUAUGAUAUUCAAUAAAAAAAGUGGAUCAUACUCUUAAGUCCAGAC